AGUUUCCAUUUGCUCUCCGUGAGUUUUGGUCGUGUCAGCGCGUUCCAAGGCAAUUGUGGUGUACAUUGUCAAGGGGAGGACAAAAAAAAAUUGUUUGUGCAAACUUGCUCCAACUUUCUGGUGAUACUCCAACUAUUUUCAAUUAACUGUGCUGUGGUGUAUUCUUUUGAGAGGUGUUGUUGCGUCUAAGUGAGUGACAACUGGUUUAAGGUCGUCAAUUGAUUUGACAGAUUGAAAGAAAAGUUUUUCCCUCGUGUGUACAGAAGUGCCCCCCUUUUCGCAUUAGUGCAGUGUAACUUCUAAGUUAGUUUCUAAUAUUAGUGCCCUCUACCCACCAUUUAUCUUCAAUAGUUUCGAUGAGAGGAAUUGUAUCUCUGUGAUUUAACUUCAUUUUUUAAGAUAUUUAACUUAUAUCUUGGUAAAGUCCUUACAUAUAUUUUGUAUUUGGAAGAAAAUCGUGGCGAUUUAGUGCUUGUGAGUGAAAGUGAAGGAAGUGGCAAGAGCAAAGGAAAAAAAAGAAAUUGGAUUACCAUAAAUGCUGUGCUAAGAUAAAAAGGACCACGUUUCCCUUUCAACCGUCUCCUUGCAACCAGCUAUUUCAAUUUGGUGGCUGACUACCCCUUUGCAUUUGUUGAGAAACAGUGAGUGAGAACCGAAGAAGGAGGCAAAUAAACGAUAAGAAGAAGUGGGCAAAGAAGAAUUUUUUUUCCGAAACAGUGCUGAGCAUACAUUCUUGAAGGCGCAAAAAAGUGCUGAGCGAAAAAAAAAGCUCCAGCAUACCAGUAAUUUACACGCAAUGGAAGAAAACGAUUCAAGUGUAAAAUGACGUGAACCAUCUUCUAACUUUUUGCCGUUUCAAGGCAUGUUGGGUACAACUGGAGGGCGUUUUAUGGGGCCAUCUGGGUCGUCGCAUGCACAUGGAAGUCUUUGGCCACCAACCACGGGACGUUCAUUAGAGUUACAAUCAAAUGGCGAAGUUGCAGAAUCCCUGUUUGCGGCCGGAGGUUACAACACACCACCACAUAAUUCACCAUUUAUGCCAGUAGCACCAUUAGAGCUAGUCGCCAAGAACUUUCAUUCGGGAACUGUAGCAUUCAGCCAAGCAAAUAGUAGCAUUUUCGUGCAAUCGCAGACAGAUUUUCUAAGCACUGGAACAUCGGUAUCGAAGAAGACAUGCAUAGGGCGCUGGGAGCAUGGCGCAACAGCAGUGGAGCCCCUACAGAUUCAAGUGCCACCGUUGCCUCCAGUGGGGAACUUUUCGAUUAAGUCGGAGGCUAUAAGUGCUGGAAGCUCGCGACAUCACAAAUCAGAUAGAAUCAGUCAUUUUGCAUCAUCCGUCGAUGGCACUGUGUCACCAUGUUCGGUGUCCUGCACAUCGGCAUCACCAGUAGUCACGACAGUAUCAUCCACCGUAUCAAAUAGUGAUUUAAAUUCCGGCUGUAGCCGUACAUUGCCCAUUUCAUGGACCACAUCGCUAUCAUCUGUUCAUUCGACAUCAUCCUCAUCUGUUGCAUCAGUGCGGGGAGCUUCUAGGCACGCUACCAGUGGCACAAACACUCUGGUACACAUUAAGAGGGAGCCCUGCCAAGUGUCCGAAGUAACGACAUCUAACAAUACUCUGGUCAAAAUUGAAUCACCAUCACCGAAGGGUACGAUGGACAGUUCUGUAUCGAGUGGCCAACAUACGGCCGGUGCAAUCCCAGUUGGUAUUGCUGUAGCAAGACAGAGACUCCAGGAGCAUGUUAAUGCCCAGCAGCAACAACCUAAGGAUAUCAAUCGAUUUGGCAUUGGAUUGGCGGAUUUAGGUGGCGCCACUCCGGCUCUCAGUCAAAAUAUGUUCUUCACAGGCACAAAUUCCACCAUGAUCCCACUCACAUCUGAGGCGGUCACGAUGGGUGUAUCCAGUGUGCAGAAUGCAGUGAGAACUCCACCUGCUCUUUGGCAGUAUCCGACACCCGUCCCCAUGGAAUCUAUGCUACCAAUGCCAAUACCACCUGUUGGAUUUCAAUUAGUCCGAGAUCCAAAUACGGGGCAAUUUCUCUUCCUACCAACUACAACCACAAUUGAGAAAAUAUGUAUUUCUUACCUAGAACCGUUCCAACAAGCCGUAGUGUGGCCAUCAUACCCACAGACAGCAGCCAUUCAGCCACCCCAUGUUCUCAUCCCCCCAAUUGCUCAGCCCCUGCAUCAGCCACCCCCAUUGGCACCAUUGCAGCUUAUCGGGUCGGACUACUUGGCAGCCAGUACCACCCUACACCAGCACACUCAGACACAUAGCACAAGAUUGGUGGCCCUCACAUCUGACCCCGGUAAGAGGAAGACAGGAGCAAAUCACCCUCCACCUGGAAUACCCCUUCCCAUUCCAUCCCAUACGUUAAUCAAGAUUGAAGACUGCGCGGGAACCAGUACAAGUUGCUCUGGAAGUACUUCGGGACCCCAUCAAUCUACGAUCUUUGACAACUCCUCAGAUAAGGCAGCUAUACAAACCACUGCUGCUGUAACUGAAAUGACCCCUAGCUUGCCUCAACUCUACUAUCAGCCAUCGAACAAUCUAAUCCAGAUUGCUCCAACAAGCGUACCCGAUGACUGUCGGACCAGCAUGCCUCAGAUGAUAACACCUCCACCAUCAGCAGUUUGCCUAACUCCGGCAGAGCCAGAACCCCUACCGCAGGCCAGUGUACCCCAACCAAAUGAAGAAGCUUCAUCUUGCUCAGUACCCGAAGUCCAAGAUGCAAAUAUCCAAACUGAUACUCCAGUAAUGAGUGAAGAUGAUAAUACUUCAGGUGGAGAUGAAUGCCCUCUCACUGUAACAACUACGACUAAUGAUGAACCCAAGGAACCUGUUAUGUGCCAUACAAUCUCAGAGGGUUCCACAAAUGGUCGGUUGUCGGUGUUUGAGGACCCUGUACCACCCCCCAAAGAACCCCUAGAGAUGGUAUCAAUCCCCGUGGAAAAUACUGCUUUAGUUGCAGCGGUACAGACUGAUGGUGAGAUGACCAAGGAUGCUCCUGGUACUGCUCCCAUCAAUCCUGUUGAUCUCAGUGGUCUGGAAUUGCUAUCGAAUUCCAUUGAGGCCUUCGAGAAAAAGACUUUUACUAUCAAAAAGGAACCUACCAGUGCAGGGACUUCUCCUAAGACAGCUCCUCCAACAGAAUCUCCACCACUGCCCAGUAGUAGGGAGCCUGAGGAACCCUUUGAUGGCCUAAAUUUGCUCUGUGCACUGGCAGAACAGAGGCUAGAGGAAGUGGGCAAGCGGAGGAAAUCGAGCUCAGACAGUGAUUCUCGCAAACGCAAAUCUCACAAACAUUCCAGCGGAUCCAGCAGCAAGAAACAGCGUCGACGAUCGCGGCACGAAAAGGAUCGGAGUAGUAAAUCAUAUCGGAAGAGGAAGCUGGACUCUGAUGAGGCCGAGCGAGAUGAGGAUGAAGAUGGUGAAAAUAGUGGAGGUUUAGGUAAAGACAUAAAGGAUACCUUGAACCGAGUCAAGGCUAAGUACUCAAGAUUAUCCUGCAAACAUACUGGUGUUGAUCAUCAGCAUACUUCGGAGUGUCGAAGCAAGAUUGUCUGGCCUUCCAAUGCUGAACUCUUACAUGCCAUGGAAGACGAUAUGCUAACACGUUUGCAGGACAUCACACGGAAGUGCGAAGAGAAACGAAGAGAAUUGGAUAAAAUUGAAAAAUUGAAUCCAGUACUGAGAAAUCUUCAGCAGAACAAGAUUCUUUCAGAUGGGGAAAUGACACCUCCCAGAAUUGCUACACCUCUUUCAACCGACAGCAAGUCACGAACUUCCUUCAUUGGUACUCCUGUAGUUGUACUAUCGCCCAAUUUCUCAUCUUCCCAGUCCGAGAGUACCUUGAUUGAGCUUCCAAAACUAUCCAGUGACACAGAAUCCAGCAAGUUUGAGGAUGUCGAGACGAGUUCUGUAGAGAGGCUGUCCAAGAGGAAGGGUGGUGUACCCAAGAAGCACGAUGAUGCCGCUGAAACAGAGACGAUCGUGGCUAAGAAGCACAAGAGUCUCGUUGGAUAUAUUUUGGCAUCAAAGAAUCGUGUUAGUGAUUCAAAUGUUAAAGGACUAAGGUAUACAAGCAAUGAUUCCACGGAUGCCAACAAUCUCAAGAGCAAUACUGAUAGCAAUGGAUUUUCCACCACAGACGAAGAUAGUUCCGGAAAGGUACCUCUUCGUCUAAAGAUGGAAUCGAUGUUUGUCAAACAGGAGACAGAAUCAAUUGAGGACGACAGCUCAAAGAGGUCUGAUUCCUCGGCUCAAGGCAGUGAGAAUGGAACUCCAACUCCUGAAAGGAAAUCCCGUCAUAAAUCUAAGCACCAUUCCAAGCACAAGAAGACAUCUCGAAGCAAGGAACGAAAGCAUAGGAGAUCAUCUGAAUUGAAGGAGCGCAAACGAAGAAUUGAUGCUCGAUGUUUGCUAACAGGUGAACACCUGGACAAGGCGAAUACACGAGUCCUCACUGCUAUGGGUGGACUCUUCUAUGCUGGCUGCUUAAACCCUAUUAAGCCACCAGAUAUCUAUGCUGUUACCUUAGACGGGGAACGCGGAAACAGGCCGCACAUUAUGUCCCGAGAGGAAAUUCUUCGUGAUGCAAUCUUGGAAGUGGCUCCUGAAGCCACUAGCGAAGUUCAAACAGGCACCAGACUGUGUGCCUAUUGGAGUCAACAGUACCGGUGCUUAUAUCCGGGAACAGCGGCUGAACCGGGAACGCCUGAUUCGAUGAUUGAUAGGAAAUUUGUGAGCGUAGAAUUUGAUGAUGGUGAUAGCGGCAGAAUAGCUUUGGAAGAUAUUCGUUUCCUUCUCAGUGACUACCCCAUUGUUGAAUACGAUCCCAAUCCGCUAUUGUCUCUUGGAAAGAGGAAACGUGGAUCAAGCCACGGAAAUCAAGAUAGAGAUGGACAUCAUAGUGCAGGAAUUUCUUCCGUUUGUACAAAUGACCUUGCAGGAUCGCAAAAGGAUCUGGCCAGCAGCAAAUCCUCUAAGGAAGCUCAAAGAGAGCGGAGACGCUUGAAGAAGCUUAGAAAGAGCAAACUAAAGCGUUUGUCGUCAGAAUCUAAUCAGGAACAGCAGGAACGUAAACAUCGCCGGAAGUACAAAUGUGGUGAUGAAUUUUGCAAGCAUCGGAAGCACAAGAAGCGAAGGAAACAUAAGAAGCACCACCAUAGGGAUACUGAACAUUCAUCUCCAAAUGAGGACGAUGUUUUGGCAUCUCGUGAGGAAAAUAGUACAUCGCCCACAACUUCUGAUGAAAUGGUCCUUGCAAAAGACACCAGUGUGACAUCCAAGGCAGACAAAUUCAAUCCGACCAUUAAGGAGGAGACCAUGACGGAGGAGGAAGUGGCCUCGUCUGUAACAGAGAGUUCUGGCUCCCUUUAUGAGCCUGGCAAGAAGAAGGAACGUCAGGAUUCAACGGAACCAAAUAAGAGCAAAAUUGCAGCAUUUUUGCCCGCACGCCAACUCUGGACGUGGGUCGGGAAGGGAUACAGACGAACAUGUGCCAAGGGUCGUGUCAAGAAGCAAUUCUUUAAGACAAUCCAACGCGGAAAGGAGUCCAUCCAUGUGGGCGACAGUGCUGUCUUCCUCUCCACAGGCCGUCCAGAUCGACCCUAUAUUGGGCGCAUCGAAUCCAUGUGGGAAACUUCAGCCAGCAAUAUGGUUGUCCGUGUCAAGUGGUUCUAUCAUCCUGAGGAGACAGAAGGAUGCCCCAAUUUGAAGUAUCCGGGAGCUCUUUUUGAAUCGCCUCAUGAAGAUGAAAAUGACGUCCAGACAAUUUCUCACAAAUGCGAAGUGCUUUCUGUAACGGGAUUCAACAAGAAAUUCGGUAGUGAUCCUAAGCAUUACCAGUCCAUUUACGACAACAAUGACACGUACUAUCUGGCCGGAUACUACGAUCCCACAGCGCUCACCAUUAAAAUGCAACCGGAUAUCCCGGUACUGACUUCCAGUGACAAGUGAAAGACUUCAUAUAUCCGAGAUUUUUUGAACAAUUAUUAACGGGAUCAGAGGAAAAUGUGAUUUGCUGACUGGCCACAGGGUGUUUUACGUUGUAUCUUUUUGUGAAAAAUAUCCCUUUUCUUGAGGGAAAUUGGAAAGAAUCUACAUGUUUUGGAUAAAAAAAUGGUACUGAAGUGUUUUAUAUAUCUACAUAAAAAAGUGAAGUGUACAAUAUUAAAAAAGUAGGUGGUAAAGGCAAGAAAUCAAUAAAAAUUGAGUGCAAUUUUUAUAUAAAAAUAUAAUACAUUAUAAAGGAUUAGGAAUUUAAGGUGAUAUGAGGCGAUAGAUGAUGAAAGAAAUGAUGAGAAGACUAGUUAAGUGACUCCCAUGCAAUAAAUGCAGUAGUUCUUUUCACUUCCAUUUUUUGAAAAUCAUUUAAUUUUCUUCUCUUCAAUCUGCAAAUUUAUUUCUCUCGACUCACACAUAAAACAAUGAAUUUGAAGGUGAUACUUAUUUGGUGCUAUUGAUUUCAUUUUUUUGGCUUUUCUUUUAUGCAUCCUUCCUUCAUAAUAAACUUAUUCUACUGAACAGUUGAAUACCAUUAACGGAAAAUCAAAAGAAAUACAAUGCUUGAGCGGCAUAAUCUUACAUUUGUGUAUUUAGUAGAAUAUUAAAAGAUUUGUUGUCAUUUUUGUAAGUGAGAUAAAUUUUAUGUUUACGUCAUUUUACACGUAAUAUUUUUGCAGCAUAAACUCUUGAUGCAAUCAUAGAAAUAAAGGAAAACUUCUUAUAUGCCAAUUGAAUGCUUAAUAAAAAUAUAAGAUUUAUCUUUCAGUAAAUAGUUUUUUAUUACAAAUACAAUCAAGUACUAGAUGGUAAAAUGUGUUGUAGAUUAUUAGAUGUCGUAGAUUAAUUAAGACAAACAAUACUCCUGUAAAUAGUUAUUUGUGGUUCUUCGUACACUUAAAUUUUUCAGCAAUUUCUGACAAAGACAGCAGCAAGAUGAAUUGAAAAGAGAUUUUUUUCUCUGGCAUAACAUAAAACAACAAAAAAUAUAUUCUAAGAUAUUUACUUCUAUCAUAAAAUAUUUACAUGAAUAAUCAUUUGAAUGUAACAAGAGCAGUAUAUUUUUAAUGUGUAAAAUUUAGAUAAUAGGUUUUUCUUCUCUCACAAUUUUGAUGUUAAUAGUUUAUAGUGCGCUUGAAAAAGAGUCAAGAACUCUUCUUAAAAUUCUAACCUCUCAUGCAAGUAAAAUCAUGUAUACUCUCUGUCAAAAAAAAAAAUAAUUAAAUAAAUAAAACUGAAAAAAUUGUGACGCAAACACAUUACCAGUGAAUGUAAUUCUUAAGUGAAGAUGGUAGAAUUACAGGAUUUAUGAUUAUUCGAGCAGGUGAAAAAUUAAAUGUUGAAACUGUUAACAUACCAAACUUACAGAAUAAGAGAUUCUUCUUGAAACUAUCUUUAUCAUAGGAAUAUCAAUACUGAGAAAAAUACUAUAGUUUUUUAAAAUCUACUAGUAUACAGAAAAUGUGAAAUAAAAAGGUGUACAAUAAAAAAA